AUGGGGGGGAUCCAGAGGCAGGAGGGCAGCCCCAGGUCUCAAAUGGCACAUGAGCAGGAGGUGGCGGCGGAGUGCGCCCUGCAGCUGCGCAGGAUCGGCGACAAGUGGGACCUGCGGCAGAAGAUCCUGAACCUCCUGACGAAGCUAUUCUGCCCGGAGACGUGA